AUGUUAAUAGGUCAGAACGUUUCAGGAUUUUCAAAUAAUUUUCAAAUAAGUCAGAACGUUGCCAUCAAACGAAAUGAUGAUAAUGUGCUCAGACAAAAGCUAAUUAGCUAGUUUAAUAUUAAUUUGGGCCAAUCUAUCAACUCAAAUAAUCAUCCAUUAACAAGCAGGAAAGAAUAAUAAAAAGGUGCUAAUACUGCAAGAUCAACUAAUCUUGACAAUGAUUAUUCUAUAAUUAAUAAGGAACAGUAGAUGAGGAACAUUCGGAAUUUCAAAGGAUUUUUAAAGGAUACUUUCAAAGAACAAGUUAUUAAAAAAAACGGAUCUUAAAAAUAACUGUUUAAAAAAGAAUCUAUGAAAAUAAGAUAAACGGAAGAAAAUGUAGCUACUGAAUAAGGUGAAAUUAAGAAAAUUAGGAUGAAGCCAAAAUCUAAUACAAAGCUUAGAAGAAAGAGUAAUUAUAGCAAAAUGAUGUCACUCGAAAAUCCUCUUGCAGCAACCAAUGCAGAAAAACCUACAAUAAGACGAAGAAAUCAGCUCAAAUUAAUUCAUGAUCCAUUGAAUGAUGACGAAGAAAUAGAUUUAUUUGAGAGCGAUAAUAUGUCUAAUGAAGAAGAAUAGAUGAAAAUAUUCGGACAGGUAAAGAGUAGCCGUUUUCUUAUUGCUCCUGAAAGUCAGAUUAGAUAAAUUAUUGACAUAGGAUCAUUUUUCAUAGUGAUAUUUAUUUCUUUGUACAUCCCUUUCACUUUCUCAUUUGAUGUAGUUAUAAGUGAUACUUUCAAUUUCUUCGAGGUGUUCAUUGAUACUUGGUUCAUUGCUGAGAUAUUAAUGAAUUUUUUCACUGGAUAUUAUGAAAAAGGAGUUCUUGUCAUGGAUCAUAAGAAAAUCUUUUUUUAAUACAUCAGAGGCUGGUUUGUAAUAGAUUCAAUGAGUAGCCUACCAUUAUCUUACAUAGAGCUAUUAACUGCUGCAGAUAGUCAUGAGGCAUUUCAGUCAGCAAAAAUUUUAAGAAUCUUUAAAUUAACGAAAUAUGCUAGAUUGCUAAGACUCCUCAGAUUUAUUAAGGUCAGCAAAUUUAUCUAAACUUUUGAGGAAAUUGUAGUAAAUGAUUAUGCAAAUCUAUUUAUUAGAUUUUCUAAGAUAUCUAUUAUAGUAUUCUUUAUUGCUCAUUGGAUGGCAUGUACACUAUACUCAAUUGCAACUACUGAAAUGGAGAUUUAUGGUGUGAAUUGGCUUAGUAAUUAGGGAUUAAAUGAUUCAUCAGUGCUUGAAAAAUACAUUAAUGCAUUAUAUUGGUCAUUUACAACAAUGUGCACAGUAGGAUAUGGUGACUUUCAUCCACUUACUACAAAUGAAAGAAUUCUAUCAAUGAUGAUAAUGAUUUUAUCAUCAGGCAUAUUCGCAUUCAUCAUUGGGGAUAUUGGUAGGAUAGUCAGUGGAUUUAAUGUACUUGCUGCAUAAUUUCGAGAAAGAAUGUUAUACGUUGACAGAUUUUUAAUUUAAAAGUAAAUUCCUAACGGUUUAAGAGGUUAGGUCAAGAGAUAUCUUGAAUAUAAUUGGGAGCUUAAAAAGCUGUAUAAAAUUGAAGAGCAAGAAUUGUUAGGAUUAUUAAAUGAUAAUCUAAGAGGAAAAAUAAUGGUAUACCUGAAUGGCAAAAUUUUGUAAAGUAUUGAGGUGUUAUGCUAAUUUCCCAUAGAAUUUUUGAGUAAUCUCACUUUUAUUUUCAACAAAGCAACUUAUUCUUUAGACGAAAAUAUAUUCAUUGAAGGUGAGGAAGGACAUGAACUCUUUUUUCUAGUUAGUGGUAGAGCAAAUAUAAUUCAUAGGAGAAGUAAGACUCUAAUUUAUGAAUUGGAAAAAGAUACUUACUUUGGAGAAAUAAGUUUUUUUUGUUAGCUAUAAAGAUAAGUAACAAUAAAAACAAAAGAUUUCUGCGAUAUUUUUUCCUUAAAAAGAGAUAGCUUCCUUCAAGUUGCUGCAUAAGUGUCUAUUGAAUCUCUAGUUUUAUUUAAUAGAUUGAAGGAUAGUGUUACAGGUAAUGAGAAGGAUUUUAAAAAACUUUGUAUUAAGUGCUAUUUAUGUCAAAAAUUAGGACAUAUUUCAAUUCAUUGCCCUAAAUUCUCUAAAUUCUAAGGUAAUUUAAGAAUAAAGCAUUUUUUGACUCGGAAAAAAAGUAAAUAAGGGCAAAAUAUAGCAACUAAUGGCAGUUUUCAUGCAAGUGAGCUAUAAUACUAAGAAAAUGAUAAUCCUAAGCUUGUAAGUUUAGCUUCAAGCUUAUCAAUGGAACACCAUAAUCAAUCAGGCUACAAAUCAGCAAGAAACAGUAAAAGAGUGAUGCAAAAAUAUAAUAAUAAUUCAUUUGGAAAUAUUUUGUUCCCACUAAAGCAGUAGCAAUAGAAUUCGAAUUAUUUAACUGUUUUUAAGAAAGAUGAAAAUAUUUUUGAAGAGUAAAAAAAAGAAGAUUAUGAAAGAUUGGAUGAAACAGAUGAUUAAGAUUCUAAUAUUUUCAAGAAAGUAAGGACGAUUUAAAGUAGAUUCAGAAAGUAAUCACUCUCUCCAAUAAGUGUUAAUGGAUAAGGUGAUUCAGCAUCAAUUUAAGAGGAGUAACUUGUGUAAUUUGACACUCCUCCAAAAUAGAGUACAACUCCAAAAGACAAUUUCAAGGAACGCAUUAUUCAAAUAGAACACCAAUAGUCUAAGAAAUUUGGGAAAAAUACUAUUAUCUAGGAAGCUGUCUACGAGGAUGAGGAGGACAAGGAAAUAGAAGAAGAAGAUACUGAUGAUAAAGUAGAGUAUUCAAAUGAGAGAGAAGAAUCUAGUUCCACUAUAUCAACUUUCAGCUAAGAAGAGUAGGUAACUUUAUUAAAGCAAAACCAUAAUCUAAGGAUGGUAAAACCACCGAAAUCCUAAAAUUAACUAACGACUAUAAUAGGUCGUAAAAAGAGAUUUAAUAGUAAAAAUUUUAGAGAUAAAAAGAGUAAGAAUGAUAUAUAAUACCUUAAAAGAUCCAUACAAAUUAUGCCAUUUUAAGAAAUUAAGAAAAAUGUCUACACCAAGAAAAUAACACCAAAGCAAAUUGAAGAAGAAUAGGCUAAACAUAGCUCAAAGUAAUUUAACAUCCUAGAUAUUGGGAGAGUUAAUGGAAUCUCAAUGAUAACAAAAUAAGUUAGCAAGAAUGAGAAAUAUGGUGAUUAAAAACUGUUGAUAUCUCAGAGUUCAUUGAAAAGUGAAAAUCAUCUCUCUUAAGAUAGUUUUUAUUUAAGGCUGCUAGAAGAUAAAGCUGACGAGGAAUUGAAGUUUGAGUAUCAGAAUACAUUCAAGCCAAGGAUGCUCAACAACUAAAUCUAAAAAAGUAAUAUGCUUGCCCCUCUUGAUAAGGACAAAGACAAUUCAGUAACUAUUUACGGAACACAAUAUCUUAAAAAUUCAACUUCAAAUAAUGCUGACGAGAGCGAGCAGUUUCAUUUAAGAUAAUAAAACAAUCCAAUUGAAGAUGAAUGGUGUUUACCUUUGGAAUUUCAAACAUUGAAUUCAUCUGCGAAACCUAAAUAGCAGGAAAAGUCACAUGAGAAGCAUUUUACUUUUUAUGAUGAAUAACUGGGAAAUUACUUACUAAAAAUGGAAAAUAAAAAUUAGCUGCUCCAAGUUAAAGAUAUGGUAAACUAAAGUCAUGCAGAUAUGAAAGCCCAAUAUGUCCUUGAAAAAUAGAGAACUUUACAGAAGCCAUACUAGAAAUUACAGAAUAAGCUAAUAAAGAAUUCAGAAUGUGGAGUUACAGAAUAACAUCUUGGCUCAGACUUAAUAAAACAAUAGAAUUUCAGACAUUCAAAUUUUAAAUGA